CGUUGCAGCUUCCCGAAUUACUCGCAGCUCGCAGCGCCCUCAGCAGUCACCCAUCGCCGCCCGUCUUAGCCGCCGCGGCCGGUCGAUUUGGAACACUCUGCAGCGAUUGCAAAGGAUUGAAUAAGCGUCGCCGUUCCCUGCGUUGCGCCUCUUCCUCGGCCAGUAUCGCGAGCGCCCGCCGCAUUUGCCUGCCUACCGUGCACGGCCGGUUCCUCCGCACAGCCUCCUCCACCCCGUUGCUGUACCCACGUCCAACGCCCGCCGCAGCCUGCGCGAACGACAGAUCCUGCACGAGUUCGAGCGAGAAGACGUCCUCGGAUAGCUGCGAGCUCUGAGAGCCGCCCAUCUACCUGCCCUCCCCACCCCUCUUCGCCUCCUCGUCCACCUGCGCAUCAUGGACGGAGCUGGGCAGCCCAACCUGCGCAUCACCAUUAUCGCCGCCGAUGGCCUCUACAAGCGCGAUGUGUUCCGCUUCCCGGAUCCCUUCGCCGUGGCCACGAUCAAUGGUGAACAGACGCGAACGACGAGUGUCAUCAAGAAGACACUGAACCCCUACUGGAACGAGAGCUUCGACAUGAGAGUGAACGAGGAGAGCGUGCUCGCGGUUCAGAUAUUUGACCAGAAGAAGUUCAAGAAGAAGGACCAGGGCUUUUUGGGAGUCAUAAAUGUCCGCAUAGGGUCCGUCAUAGACCUCGAUGCAGGCGGUGAUGAGAUGCUCACGCGCGACCUGAAAAAGUCCAAUGAUAACAUGGUUGUGCAUGGCAAGCUUAUCCUGAACCUCUCUACCAAUCUCACUGCACCCAUCAGCCAGGGAGCACAAAACGCACCCCGCCCGACCGCAUCCCAGAAUCCCUCCGUAAAUGGUGCCAUGCCUGGCGCUGUAGCUACCCCCCACCAGUCGACGACAAACCUUCACCCACCCGACGCUUAUCCCGGCCAGCAACGACCUCAAGUCUCCGCUCAGUCGACCCAGCAGCGAGUCAAUCAGUCAAUUCCAACACUCCCGCCAAGCGGCGGCCCACCAGCUCCAGGGACAAAUGGAGUACCGCCGGUCCGCAAUGCUGGUGCGUACAGUGCUUUCGAAGACGCUCAAGGAAGAUUACCCAACGGAUGGGAACGCCGCGAGGAUCACUUAGGGCGAACCUACUAUGUCGACCACAACACGAGGCAGACCACCUGGAUAAGGCCGGGUGCAGGAUUCAAUGAAGCAGAUCAGCGUACCGCAUUGGCAGCACAAACCCAGCAGGAGCGCACGCGACAUCAAAACCGCAUGUUGCCAGAAGACCGGACAGGAGCCAAUUCUCCCACCCUUACCGACCGCCAGCCUUCACCGCCAGCUGGAUCUGCGAACGCCGCAAGUAUGAUGGCGACGGGAGCAACGACUGCUGGCACAGGAGAACUUCCGUCUGGUUGGGAGCAGCGGCAUACUCCAGAGGGACGUCCCUACUUCGUAGACCAUAAUACCCGAACCACGACGUGGGUGGAUCCCCGCCGACAGCAGUAUAUCCGCAUGUAUGGUGGUCAGGCCGCCAACGGUGGCAGCUCUAUCCAACAGCAGCCUGUCUCCCAACUUGGUCCACUACCAUCAGGAUGGGAAAUGCGGCUCACCAACACGGCAAGAGUAUACUUCGUUGACCACAACACAAAAACCACCACUUGGGACGAUCCGCGAUUGCCCUCAUCUCUCGACCAAAAUGUGCCCCAGUACAAGCGUGACUUCCGUCGCAAAUUGAUCUACUUCCGAUCGCAACCCGCUCUCCGCAUCGUGUCUGGACAGUGUCACGUAAAGGUCAGGCGAACGCACAUUUUCGAGGACUCAUACCACGAGAUCAUGCGGCAGAGCGCUGCUGAUCUGAAGAAGAGGCUGAUGAUUAAGUUUGAUGGCGAAGACGGUCUAGAUUAUGGAGGUCUCUCCCGAGAGUUCUUCUUCUUGCUCUCGCAUGAGAUGUUCAACCCCUUCUACUGCCUAUUCGAAUACUCCGCACACGACAACUACACCCUUCAAAUUAACCCUCAUUCCGGUAUCAACCCUGAGCAUUUGAACUACUUCAAGUUCAUCGGGCGCGUUGUCGGUCUGGCUAUCUUCCAUCGCCGAUUCCUGGAUGCAUUCUUUAUUGGAGCGUUCUACAAAAUGAUUCUAAGAAAGAAGGUGGCACUACAAGACAUGGAGGGUGUAGAUGCCGAUUUCCAUCGCAAUCUGGAAUGGAUGCUGAACAACGACAUUACGGACGCCCUAGAAUUGACAUUUGCGACUGAUGAUGAGCGAUUUGGCGAGACUGUCAGCAUUGAACUGAAACCCGGAGGCGACGACAUUGAAGUCACCAAUGAGAACAAGCACGAAUACGUCGAACUCAUUACUGAAUGGCGUAUUCAGAAGCGUGUGGAGGAGCAGUUCCAGGCGUUUAUUACUGGUUUCCACGAGCUUAUCCCCGCAGAUUUGGUCAACGUCUUCGACGAGCGUGAACUAGAACUCCUCAUCGGCGGUAUUGCAGAUAUCGACGUCGAAGACUGGAAGAAGCACACCGACUACCGCGGCUACACCGAGAACGACGAAGUCAUCCAGCACUUCUGGAAGUGCAUCCGUAGCUGGGAUGCUGAGCAGAAGUCGCGUCUGCUGCAAUUCGCCACGGGUACCUCGCGUAUUCCUGUCAACGGUUUCAAGGACUUGCAGGGUAGCGAUGGGCCAAGGAGAUUUACGAUCGAGAAGGCUGGAGAGCCUAAUCAAUUGCCAAAAUCUCAUACAUGUUUCAACCGCCUCGACCUGCCACCGUAUAAGACCUUUGAAGCGCUCAAUCAGAAACUCACGAUUGCCGUAGAGGAAACUGUUGGUUUCGGGCAAGAGUAAGCAGCGUGCAUGGGCGAGUCUCCAGUCUCUACAACCGCAUCUUCACCGGUUGGGAUCGCGGAAGGGGAACAUACUUGGUCUUUACGCCAAUGUACAAAAACUUGGGUACCAAGGGGCUACAGAUCGCUCCUGACACGUGAUUAUCAUUAUCUCUAGUAGCAUUUCUAGUUUGGGCUCAACAUAUCGCAUUGUCUGCAAUGUGCGAAAUCAGGGCGUUGAGGUUCGAGACAUAGUAGGAUAGCGCUUUUCCUUUUACAAGCGCUGAGCAAUGUGAGAUUUGAAAUGGAACAUGAGACGAUCGACAGUCUACCCCUUUUGAAAUCAUACACCGCUCGCCAAGGCAGCUGGGGUAUUAAUGUAAAGCAUUCGUUUGCGUUCACCUG